UCUUCCUCGCAGAGUCGCAGCCAAUUUGCAGACUCGCAAAAUUUCUUCUGGUUCAGAAGCGUCCAGAUCUGGCGCUCCUUGCUCCGCCUGGCCACGCCUUGCAACGCCUCCUCACGGCUUCCUCGCGCAAAACGUGCAACUCGCGAAACAGCCGACAGCCUGGGGCGAUUUUCUGCCCCCUCGCUCCGGCAUGCCUUUGAAAACACUGAUUUGUCAAGUCUGUCAUUAAUAAUAUGGCUGAUAUGUCAUCAUUUAUCUGAAAUUGGACCACAGGACCUUAUUCUCGACAGAGGAUAAUUCUGAGAUAAAAGUUGCAUAAUCCUUCAGAACACAGACCGAAGAUGGCUUCUGAGGACAAAGAUCUUGUGGAAAUCUUAGAGGAGCAUAACCAAAUUGACGUUGCCAAAUAUAUCAAUUAUGUGAGUGCCCCACAGGCAGGUGCUGUUGCAACAUUUUCUGGUACCACGCGCGACACCUUUGAAGGCAAAACAGUCUUGGAGCUUAGAUAUGAAGCGUAUGUGCCCAUGGCACUACGGUGCAUGAAGUCCAUUUGUUCAUCAGCUAGAUCAUCCUGGAAUCUCCUCUCCAUUGCAGUCGCCCACUGCCUCGGCCCAGUUCCAGUUGGUGAAACAAGUGUUUUCAUUGCAGUCUCAGCCGUUCAUCGGGCUGAUGCAUUGGAUGCUUGUAAAUUUGUGAUUGAUGAGAUAAAGGCAUCAGUUCCAAUAUGGAAGAAGGAGGUUUACAGUAAUGGAGAGGUUUGGAAGGAGAAUUCGGAGUUCCUGGAGCGAAGGCUGGAUCUUGGGAAAAAAGAUGAGAUAUGGAAUCAAAAAGAAAUUGAAGUUGAAGUUGAGAGGCAUACUAGGAAGAGCUGUUGUGGGGCUAAGGUAAAGGUCAUUGAGGAAGGAGAUAAAAAAUGAAGCUGAGCAAAGCUUCUAUUUGUUUAUGUUUAGGAAAGAUUUUCUAUGUCAUAAUGAAAUGUAACUCUUUAAAAACUAAUAAUCUUCUUUUUAUAUAAUAAGAAUUGGAACCUGGAGGUAACUUUGGCACUUCA